AUGGACACGGUGAACCACAUCAAACUGGUACGUCACGAUGGAUGUGGGCGGUCUCACGGAUGGUGUGACAUUGGGCAUGGGUCCCUCAGUGACAUCAAACUGAACAGAAGCCCCUGUUCUUGCGCUACUCUUGGCUCCUUUCCACGACUUCACACUUCAGUCCCGAAGGAUAUAUGUGGGAGAAGCAGGGAAGAUGCAGAAGCGGAGCAAAGGAUCGGUGGCAACAGCUUUGAACUCGGGGGUUUAGCUAACAAUCAGCGAAUAGAGCGCACCUCGGCCGCAGCCGUGCUCCGCGCGUUGCUCCUGUCCAUAUUCUUCCAACGCACGCUCGAGAACGUAGUACCCGAAACACUAGAUGUGUUUGACACGCACGUCGCCGUCGUCUCUGGCGCGGCGACGGGCACGAGUACCGCGCUCGCGGGGCCGGGACAGAAAGUGACCGAGAUCGAGCGCGAGAUUCACGACAAGGUCGAGGGGUUCGUGAGGACGUUUGUGGAGACGGGGAAGGAGGGGGGUGAGAUCGCCGUCGUGUUCCUGCAGCGCAAGAACCGCAAGGGCUGGUUCGCGGUCACGGAGGCGCUCGUGCCGUGGGAGGAACACCUUAUCAGCGUGCACUUUGUGACGCGCGCGACGACGACACGCAACACGCUCAACUCGGCGUUGAUGCAGACGCUGACGUUCUGCUCUGAGCGGAGGGCCAAUGUGCCUGCGCUGGUGGGGAGUCCGCACGACGACGGGAAUGGUUGGAUGGUCUGGGGGGCUGUCUUCUGGCCGAAGACCACGAUGGACUGGAGGCGUCCCCCUCCCAUCUUUCGCCCAAGUCCCACCUCCCUCCCGCUGCAGAUUCGAGUAUCGUCAGCUAACAGGCAGGAACAGAACAACCUCUCGUACCAGAUCCUCCUCUCGCCGCCUCCGCCGUCCGAGCUCUUUCCCCCGUCCCCGCCCAGCGGGCCUCAGCGCUUAACUUCGCCCCCGCCCCAGCCUUCCUUGACUGUUUCGCCCAGCACGGCUGUCGCAGACAAGAGCGAGGUGGGGUAUCUCGGUCAGGCAAAGGAUAUCCUGGCACUCGGGCUGGGCGUGGUGAGGAAGGGCGAGUUCUAA